AUGGCGACGUCAACAGAUACUGCGCCUUCGAAUGGGGCUCCAACCGGCGCUUCUACCUCGACAGGCAGUGACUAUAUCCAAGAACAGAUCCGCCAGCUAGACGAUGCUCGGAAGCUGGCCCUUGCCAAUGUCAGCCAUUACCCGAUGAUCGUCCAGGGCAUCUUGCCCAUCAUCAACCCGUCGUCCCUGCCGCAACUGCGCCGAUGGGGUGCCGACUUCCUUGCUGAGGCCUUUGCUGCGCCGGCUAUGCCGUCCCGUGAGAAAGAAAGCUUGAGUCUCUUGGUCCUCGGGAGCAUUAAGGGCAUGUUGGAGAAUCCCAACGAGGGCCCGCUUGUGCUGCGCAGCAUCAUCCAAGCCGCUUCUAGCAUAUAUCCACUUGUGAUGCGCUGGGUUAUCAACAACUCGUACGACACAGACACUUGGGAGCGCAUCAGCGCCAUCAAGUCGCACAUUCUCCGGUUAUGGGAGUCGCCUUCACCUUCGAUCCAGAUAUGCUGCAUCAAGUUUGCGCAGCGCGUCGUCCUUGCGCAGACACAUGGCGCUAACCUGGAUCAACGGCAGCGCGACGGACUCGAAAUAUCCCUCUUCCUCGUUCCUGCGAACCACCCCCUUCUUGACCCACGGCAUCUGGAAGCCGAAGCGACUGGUCUUCUCGACCGUAUGCUCGGCGUCUUGCAAGACAACAGCAGCGAUGCCCUUAUUGUCGAUGCCACUCUGAAUACACUAUCGAUCCUGGUUCGCACACGGCCGACAACGGCCAACCGCGCAAUCAACGCCAUCCUCAACUUCAACCCUCUCAAGCUCGCCAGCUCGUCCAUGACUCCGCGGAUACGUGUCAUGGUCAAGUCGAUGGAGAAGACGACACGCAUGCUCUUGAUCCAUCUCAUGAAGCGGGAUCCGACCAAUGCCUUUAACCCGCGGAUACAACAAUAUGUGGAACGCCUGAUGCGGUCAAGAGCCGAGCUUCUUGAUGACGCAGGGCGGAAGCGGGCACUGGCCGAUCAGCAGGCAGCAGGCGAUGCCAAGCGACAGAGAGUGGCCAGUGGUGCUGCGGCCUCGCUGCCGCAAGAGAUUCCUGCGCUAGCACCAGGGCCACUGAGCCUGGCCGACAUUUUUGCCCUCACGAGCAACCCGCAAUUGCGGUCGUUCAAUGCGUCAAAUGUUCCGCUUGAGCUGGCCGCUAAGAUAAGUGUGUCAACACUGGCACGGGUUGACCCGCAACUGCUGAGUCUUGCCAUUACCGGAAUCCGGGACAGACUUACCUUGCUCGAGACAUCUGCAACAGGGCUAGCGAUGAAUCCGGAUACUGCACCAUUGGACGUGGAAGAUGACGAUGACGACUACGAGCCAGACUUUACGGCCGCCGAGGACGCCGAGCAGAUUCUCAACAAGCUGGAUAACGAGAUCACAGACAGGGACGUUGCGCGGGUGGAUGCGGCAUCACUUGCGCUGGGUGCUUUUAAGCUUCCUGCUGCGCCAACACUGUCGUCGGACCAGACCGUGAAAGUGGGGCAAACGACCGUUGCGCGGGUGUUUGAUAUGAUGCAGGCAUCUGAAGAAACAGCUGCUGCGCCAUCCACAGCCGUUGGAGCGCGGAAGUCGGGCAAGGCAGGCUUGAACCGGGUCGCGGCGACCUCCUACGACAAGGAGGCAUGGAUUACGAUUCUGACGCGUCUCGCAACGCGGUCUGUGAGCGGACUUGAGGAUAGCACGAACGACGAGGAGAACCCCGCAACCGAGGAGGCGGAGGAUCAAGGGCCGGAAGACAAGAGCAAGAAGCUUGUCAAGAAAGAAGGCACAAAUGGCGCUAGUCCGGCCUUGUCGAAGCCAGGGCCAGGUCCCGUUCUCAGUGACAAGGUCCGGGAGUUGCUGUUCCGGUAUGUUCUUGAGGACUUCCGGAAACGCAUUGAUGUGGCUGUCGCGUGGCUGUGUGAGGAGUGGUACAACGAUCGUCUUCAGUCGCAGUACCGUGAAGGCGAGGCAAGUGAGAAUGACCAAGAUCGCAAUGGUCAAGACGACGGUCACUACAGUACAUGGGUCGUCAAGGUGCUCGAUGGGUUCCUGCCCUACCUCCACUCGCAAGACAACAAGGUGUUGACACGGUUCUUGAGCGAGGUGCCAGCCCUCAAUGAGGCCCUUUUGCAGCGCAUCAAGAGCCUGUGCCGCGACCCGUCCAUGGUGCCCGUGGCGCUGACUAGCCUGCUGUACCAGGUUAUGAUGCGGCCGCCGGCACGGGAUCUGACCCUGGACACUCUGCAGGAGAUCUGGAUUGAGUUCGAGGAUGCACGGCCUAUGGCUACCAAAUUUCUCGACAAGUGGCGUCCUGGAUUUGUCCGAGACCAUAGCGCACCGGCUGUUGCUGCUGUGUCUGCGGAGGCGCCGCCAGAAGGGCCUCCUGCUAACACGAGUGAUGGAACACCAACUGCGGCACCAGCCCCGGCUGUAGAAGCGGCGUCUUGA